GCCGCGCCCAUGAAAACUGUAUGACUUUGCCGGUGCAAUGAAUACCAUCGUUUAACGUUUAUUAUACAAUGUCACUGAUCUCAGCGUUAAGAUUUUUAACAUACAACUAUUCUGGAUACAGAUUUAAUGCGCUGUUAAAAACUAUGAAACCCCCAGCACAAAUACUUCAACAAUUCUCAGUCCAAUUGUCAACUGACACAAGGUUGUGUUCACAUUGUAUGGAACAACAUUCUAAAAUCACGAAAAUAAAACAAAUGCAGACAGGCUUAUUUAAAAAUGUGAAACCAACUGUCAGGUAUUUUUCUUCAGUAAAAGCUUCUAAAUAUGAGGACACUUUUCCGUUGCGUUUUAUUUAUCUUCAAACAAGUGUUGAGUUGUGGGAAGAAUUUCCAGAGGGUCUGCAGUAUGAUGUGGGAUAUGUUGACACUGGAUUCAAUAAUGAAGUUGCAAAGAAAUUUCCAGUUAUUCUAGGAUUGCCAAGUAGUGUUGCAACUCAUAUGCAGAUGGAAGGACCUUUAUUGACAUUUGCAAAACUUGGUUAUCGUGUAAUUAUUUUAAACAUGCCAGACAGUCCAUUAUGUCGUGGCAGAACUAAAAAGGACAGCACAGUGUUUGAACAAUCUGUCCUCGAGAGGUCAAUAUUCAUCAGGGACUUUUUGAAUGAGAUAAAAGUGGAUAGAGUAGACUUGCUGGUUGCCAACUCCUGCAGUGUGUACAGUGCUAUACAUUUCACUACCUAUAACAAGGGCCUUGUCUCCUCGCUGGCUCUGUUAAAUCCUACAGGGCUUGAUUACACAAAAGACAUGCGUCCUGUGCGCAUGAACAAGUAUCUUGCUACAUUCUGGGGUGACAGGAUGAUACUGCAGGAACUUAUUGUGCCUUUCAUCAGUUUGUUCAAGCAGUUAUCCUCAAGAAAACGUGACUGGUCAGCAUUUACGGUGGUCACUUAUGCCAAAGUUGUCAGCUCCCUCUCCUUUCAAGAUGUUUCCCAAGAUGCUAAGAACUUUCGUCUGCGGAAGCUCCCGACUUUGAUAGUUCAUGGAGAGGAUAGCACAGCAUUCAACAAGGCCUCGUCAUUAGAAUACUUGGAGGAACUGGACCUUGAGAACGCUCCGACUGCACAGCUGGAAGAGGGGGCCACAGUGCUGGAGAUUAAUAAAGCUGUGGAAAACAAGCCUAGGCUUCGUGUUUUCAUCCCCGGUAAAACCAAGGACUUGACAGACACUAACACUGUCAUGUUACGAAGAAUAUUACUUCAAUUCUUGAAAAACAUUCGCCCGGAUUUGUGAUGACAGAUUAUUUAGGCUUAUCAAAUUUAGUUGUGUGCUAUUUAAAUGGACUAGUUUUAUGUAAAUGUUAAAUACCGUAUUUUCUCGACUAUAAGACGGGGAAAUUGGGUCCCGAUUUUUACCCCCAAAGUAGGGGACCCGUCUUAUAAGCGAGUCGAUAAAAUAUUAAAAAAAGAUUCAAGUCAAAAUCAGUUAAAUUUUACAUAGGGUAUUCGUCUAUCCAGUCUAUCGUCUGCUGAUAUAAGUAUGGGGCAAUUAAGUAAACAACAACACGAAAUCUCUUCACCGCGCGUGCUCUGACGUCACACAGUGUACCGUUAUGCAUUUUUUCUCAUGGCGCGUGUCAGUAUAAUUAGUAUGACAGAUAUAUCAAAUCAAUAAAUUGGAAUGUUAAUAUGAUGUAGGUACCUAACUGUCAAUUUGAUUAAGCAAACAAAUGACAAUGCGAAUAUGAAUCCUUUAUGUUCGUCGCCAAUCAAGGGACAAUAUUGCCUAAAGCAUUAUUGCUAAACAAACACCUAUUCAUGCCUCGGCUUUUCGCAGUUAUGUCAUUGAAGCCAUUUAUUUUGCCGAAGAACUUCAUUGGUGUCUUCAAUAAAAAAAAAAAAAAAAAAACAUAUGUUGUUAUUAAUUAAUUAUUACAAUUUCGAUAAGUAACGACCUGUCCUGCAAACUUAUGUACUCAUUUUUAACCUACCUCCAAAUAGAGAGCUCACAGUUGCUCGCCAUUUUCUUUGAGUAAAACAAAAACAGUUACCGCGAAAGUCGAUAAUUGUCCGUUGAGCUUGAACAUUUUUACACAUUAGGAAGAAUUUUAGCAUUUUAGAUUUGCUUAAAAAUUGACCCCGUCUUAUAAGCGAGUCGAAACAAAAAGCACCAGAUUUCAUAGGCAAAGUUAGGGGGCCGUCUUAUAAGCGAAUCGCCUUAUAGUCGAGAAAAUACGGUACAAUAAAAUGAAAUAAUUCUUUGGUCGCUCCUUGUCCUUAUUUUUAUUGCUUCAACAUCAGUUGAGACUUUCUAUUUCACAUGUUAAUGCUUAUUCAAAAUGUUACUUUUUGAAUAAUGAUCAGUGUUUUAAUUCACCAUUUUGGAAUAGGGCUGGGGCUUUUCUGAAUGUAUGUUUUAGCAUUGGGGGACUAGGACUGAGCUUCAAACCAGAUUUGCCAAAAAAAAAUCACACAUGGUACUUUCAAUCUGAUCAUGAUUGCCAUAUUUUAUCUGAUUACCCAACAUUCCAGGUUUUCUAAUUUAUUCUAUGAGUAUUAUAUACAACUCCAAAGGUUUCGCUAAUGAAGUGACUUGUUGUACCUAGGACUUGUAAAACUUUGAGGUUGAAUUUUGGUCAAACAUUUGAUGUAAAUGACAAGGAAAGCUUUUGGGGAAAAAGACAUACAAAGUAAAAGUGUAUUUUUAAAUGUUUUUUGUUGUUUUUUAAUAUUGAACUUCACUUCCAAUCAUGAGCACUCAUUCUUGGUAGUUGUGAACUGUAUAAUAGUUUAUGAAGAUCACAUUAACUGAUGCAUAUACACUACA